AGAGAAGUGAUAGUUUUGUGCAGUGCUUGUUUACUUUAACGUGUUUACACCUGUUAUAGUUCUUGGUUGUUGUAUGCAUUGAUUCACUGUGACAACGUAUUGCUUCGGAAUGCAAAUAACAGUAGUCACCCUAAUUAUACGAAUUUUGACAAAACACCGAAAAAUUUAAAUGUUAUUCGUGUUUGAGAUCAGGAACCUUGCAUCUAAAAUUACAGGCCCGAACGAUAGAUAUUUCGUAUCCGAUUACACCUAAUGGUUAUCUGACAUGGUAAUAAGUCAAAAUCAGUACCAUUUGAGCUGCAGGAAACUGAAACAUGUAAUACCGACAGUUCAUUAAUCUUGGAAGAACUUACGCUGAGUGAGAGCUGAAUAUGCCCAAUGACAGUGCCAGGCUUAAAGCAUUACUUUCAGAUUUGGGCAGAGCAACACUUCGAGGAGUUCGUAAAUGCCCAAAAUGUGGGACAUAUAAUGGAACAAGAGGUGUCUGUUGCAAGAAUAAGGCCUGUAAUGUUGUAUUCAAGGAAGCUGGUGAGAAAAGGAAGCUUUCAACGGAAGCCUGCAAACUUGUUACAGGAACAACAACACAGGUUUAUUCAGUGCGUGUUCGGGACAAAGGACCUGACUAUCGUGGAUUUGUUCAGCUCCCUGUUGUGCAGCAUGCAACAGAAACAGAUUCCAGUUUAGAAAAUGAAGUGAACUUGAUUACACAGACAUCUGCUUUGUGUUUUGUUGACACUUGUCAGAGAUCAUUUGAUGCCAGUGUCCUCAAGUGUCAUGAAAAGUCUGACACGGUGACAUUAACAACAUGUCAGCACAUCCGUGCUGCAAUGCGUUGUUUCACUGAAGCUGUGCCUCUAACUUUGAAGGAUUCUGUUCUGACAGCAUUGAAUAUCAGCAACGAGAUAAAAGAGGCAGUUUGGUUUCUUGCAAAUGAGUCAGCAGGCCCUCUUGUUCAAAGAGUGUCAAAAAAUAUAAUGGCUGUGAAGUGUAAAGCAAGUCCAAAACAUCCAUUGGGAUAUCUGCAUUUUUCAUUUUUCAUGUCAAGGCUGAAAGAUAAAGUGGAAAAUAAAUAUUUCUGCAGCUGUACAGCAUUUAAGGGUCAAGUAAAACAUGCAAGCAAUAAAGAUGACCCAACAUUCAAGAGAUGUGUGCACUUUUAUGCAUGUAUAUGUGCAUUUGCAAGUGACCCAAAACUUUCAGAUGAAUUUUCGUACUAUAUAAAUUUAGACAAGCCAUUGGUGAUACCUACAUCUCUGACAAGUUCAGAUGAAGACUGUAACAAUCAGAUGGUUACAAUCUUGGCCAGUGGGGUACCUUGUGAAGUGGAAGUACAAGUGCUAAGAAAUGAUGCCACUCUCUUGGAUGCUUCCAGUAUACCAGUUUCUGAUGACACUCUGGCAGAGGUACAUAGUUUGGAUGUACUUCAAUCUGACCCUGUCGAAGUACAGAUACGUGAUAUUGACGCAGUUGGAGAGCUGACAUUUACUGAGACAAGCUUAUUAGGUGACACCACUGCUCCACUUGAGGUUGACUACCCUCACUGUGAUCCAUCCAGUUUCCAUAGAAGAUUGCUCCAGGUCCUGACAGUGAAACGGAAACGUGAGGAGCAGACAACACUGCUUGCACUUGUUGAUCAGCCCCCACGUAUAACGGAAAGCUGUGGGAACACUGUUAGUGGAAGUAACAGCAACACUGUCAGUAGCAGAGAGAUAGGCUGUAACACAGCAAAUAGGAGAGGCAGUGCUCCAAAAAUACAGCAGCCUAGAAAACAGACAACAGAAAUUACAGAUCAUAUUGAUGAGACAACAACAAGCUUCUCAUUCACUCAAUGGUUGGCAUCAGUGACAGAAAGAAUAAAUCAAACAAUGCAUUUCCAAUUUGAUGGAAGACCAGACCCACUUGUUUUUCAUAUACCACAGAAUUUCUUUGAUUGCCUUCGUGAACGUAUUUCAUGUGGUAGUAGAAAAAAGAGGUUACCAAAUUCUACCACAGCAUUCAUAAGAAGACAUUCAGUACCAAUAGGGACAUUUACAAAAUACACCUGGAACAUUACAAAUAUCAUUCAAGUGAAGCAAAUUUUUGAAACAUCUCUGAUGCCACUGGAAAUAACACGAAGCUUUAUACAGAAUAGGGAUGGUUCAUAUGAACCAUAUCGGCAUAAAAGUGAUGAGAAUGAAAUUUAUAGAAAAACAAAUUGCCAACCAUUGAUUAAGCCUCUUGAACUGAAGACAUUCCUAAAAGUUGGUAAUACUGCACCUGACCAGACAGACCCAACUCCAUUUGUUAUAGAGUGGAUUCCAAAUAUAUUACCAGAAAGCAGUAUCGGUGAAUUGAGGAUCAGAUUUGAGUUCGGACAUCAACGUAAUGGACAAGUGGAAAAGCAUUUACAAUUAAGGCAAACAUAUUCGAGAUUGGAAUCUCGGCUUAAUGAUGACAUCUCAAUAACAAGAGUAGAUGACUGUGGUUUAUUGCCAAUGUGAUACCUCUGUAAAACGUACAUGUUAAGCACUUAAGAUCUGAAGAUUAGCUAUUAUACAUUAUUGGUACUCAUGAGUAGUAAUUUUACUGUUUUAUAAGAUUUUCUGAAGUACACUUAGUGAGAUGUACGUAAUUCUUUGGGGAAGUAGUGUAUGAACUGUUGCUUUUGUAGAUAGAGAAACCAUAAUCAAGGCCACUCAGCUGUGAUAAUGCUAUACUUUCUAUGCACUAUAGUUUAAAUGUGUUACAGAAGGGGAACUGUCAGUGUAAUUUUGUUAUUACAUAUUUUAGUAAAGAAUUUAGCAGCUUUUGCAUUGUUAUAUAUGUUUAAAAAAUUGUGGCUUUUUGUGAUACUUUCAAAUUGCAAUUAAAGUUGGAAAAAGUGUGCUUUUUUGGGUAGAUAAUACUCACUAUGAAGACUUGAAAAAAUUAUAGUGUAUGUUUGUUACAUGGCUUGUCAGUGAAGGUGUGAGACUAAGUAUGAACCACUAAAUAGAAGCCAUGCUAAAAAUGUGCAUACUGCCAUACAAUACCGGUCACAGUGAAUAUUGUUUCAAUGAUGAUAAUUGUGAGUCACAUGAUUACUACAUAAUAAAAAUGUGGGUCUCUCUAA